UACUUAGCAUUCUGGCAAAGUACUCCUAAUGGGGAUUUGCACCCACCUGGAGGGCUUCUCUUUCUUUGCUUUAAGUUCUCGGCUCUUCAGUCUGUCUUUGCCAUCGAAAGUACGCGGAACUCAUCGGUCAAAAAUAAAAUCAAAUCGCAAUAAUAAAUGUGAUUGAUCUAUAGGAGAAGAUCAUUAGAAUUCAUCAUGGGAUGUUCGUCGAAACUGUUUUGGUUCUUUAUUUUUGUACUGAUCACAAAAGUAUACGCCGCGUUGUCCAUUCCAUUACCAGCAAACAACGAAGUAUACCACAAGACCGGAGCUGAAAAUGAAAGUGAAAAAGCCAAAGUGAGAAACUAUUUUCUGCACGAGCCUUACGGUCCCAAUACCUAUGCCUUCGGCUAUGAGGUCGAUGAUCCGCAAACAAAAAACUCUCAGUUCCGAGAGGAAAAGCGCUUUGCGAAUGGCAGCAUCCAAGGCAGCUUUGGGUAUGCAAGACCCGAUGGCCGCAUUGAAGUAACCAAUUAUAGAGCCGAUAAAGAUGAUGGCUACUCUGCCAAGAUACAGACAUUUAAGGCGGGUGAUGAGAAGGUGAAAUCCGUUUGGCCAACCGAAAGACCCGAUAUCCUGGUGGAGAGAAGCAAAACAGAAUCUCCCUCAAAUGUCACCUGGGAUCCCAAGAGUCAUCUCAACGUGAGCGUCUCCCAUGUGGCAGAUCAUGUCGCCCAGCAGCUGAAAGAACAACAUGGUCUCGAUCUCAACCAUAUCGAUGUGACCAAGGAUGUUCUAAAGCCAGCGGUGCUUGAUGUGAUUCAGGGCAAGGCCCCGGCAAAGGUUCAGCCGGUUCAGAAUCUAAUACCCCAGCAAUUUCCCAUAGCUCCCUUUCAAUUGCCAGCGGAUCAAGAAACCACCAUCAAGGCCAUCACAGCAGAACCCAAGAGAACGGAAAGUACCAAAUACAACAGGGCCAAAACCAACAAUGCCGAGAAGGCUCCCCAAGUCGAGGAGACGAAGACUAGCUUACCGCCGCCCAGGCCACUGGUCAAUAGCAGUCCAAGCGAUGCAAAUUGGCAACAGCGAACCAUUGAGGCAAAUCGCCGUGAAUUCCUGGCCAAUUUACCCAACCUAAGUGAGGCCAGGCCAGAGUAAAUGUUUGAAAAUGUUUCACCAGACCAAAGUAAAUGUUUAAGUUUUUUGUUUAAGAAAUAUGAAAGAGCCUCCCCUUUACUUACAACAACACAAUGAAAAAUCGUAGUUUCUUUGUAAAAAGGAAAUAAAAAUGUAAAAGUUUAAUAGUCUUUUUUUAGAGGUGGCUAAUGGAAUCAAGUUAAAAAUUAAAUUUUUAUUUUAUAUUGAAAAAUAAU